AUGUCUUCUGCGGAGGCUCGUACUGCGUUCAUAAGUUUUUUCGAGUCUCAAGGGCACAAGUUCUGGCGUUCUUCGCCGGUAGUUCCGUACAAUGAUCCUACGUUAUUAUUUGUGAAUGCCGGGAUGUGUCAGUACAAGCCGAUAUUCUUGGGUGAUGCAGACUUGAAUACGGAGUUUGGUCAGAUGAAGCGUGCGUGUAAUACGCAGAAGUGCAUUCGUGCUGGUGGCAAGCACAAUGAUUUGGAGGACGUGGGUAAGGACGUGUACCACCACACGUUUUUCGAGAUGUUGGGCAAUUGGUCUUUCGGUGACUACUUUAAGGAGCUGGCAGUGGAGUUCGCUUGGAACUGCUUAACUCAGGUUUACAAUCUGGAGCCAGCACGGCUGUAUGCGACGUAUUUUGGCGGAGACGAAAAGGCAGGCCUGCAGCCUGACCUUGAGGCGCGCGACUACUGGUUGAAAUAUUUGCCCGAGUCGCACGUGUUGCCUGGAAGCAUGAAGGAAAAUUUCUGGGAGAUGGGCGAGACUGGACCUUGCGGACCCUGCUCGGAGCUGCACUACGAUCGCAUUGGCGGACGUGAGUGUCCUGAACUGGUUAACCAAGAUGACCCAGAUGUGCUGGAAAUUUGGAACUUGGUCUUCAUGCAAUACAACCGCGAAAACUCCGGAAAACUCUCCCCACUUCCGCACCCAUGCGUUGAUACAGGCAUGGGUCUGGAGCGGCUGGUUAGUGUUCUCAAUGAUCUGCGGUCGAACUACGAUACAGACCUGUUCACUUCGCUCUUCAAAAAAAUUCACGAAUUGUGUCCCGACGCUCCCAGAGAGUACACCGGCAAGGUGGGCAGCGAAGACCCAGAGAGAAUUGACUUGGCCUACCGCGCGAUUGCAGACCACAUCCGGACCCUGAGCAUCGCGAUUGCGGACGGCGCCAUUCCAUCCAACGACGGUCGCGGCUACGUGUUGCGACGAAUCUUGCGAAGGGCGGUUCGGUAUGGCCGCCAGGUGCUGAAUGCUCCGAAGACGGGCACCUGGUUUAGCCAGUUGGCCGGCACUGUUAUUGAAAGUUUAGGGGAGGCGUUCCCGGAGUUGCGGGAGAAGUCUGAGAAGAUCGUGGAAGUCAUUUCGUGCGAAGAGCAGCAAUUCAACCGGACGCUGGACCGUGGUACGGCGCUGUUUAAGAAGGCCAUAAAGAACCUGAAGCCAGGGGACAUGGUAACGGGUGUGGUUAGUUUCGAGUUGUUUGCAACGUACGGUUUCCCGGUGGACUUGACGGAAGUGAUGUGUGAGGAGCAGCGGCUCAAGUUAGACCUGGAGGGAUUCGAGAAGGCGAUGGAGGCUCACCACCUGGCCUCGGAUGGUGGCAACGCCAAGAAGCUUGUCCAGCAUCUGACGCCGGAACAGAUUCACCGACUGAAGACUGAGUUCGACGUGGAGCCGACGGACGACUCUCACAAAUAUGUGUGGGAUGCAGACCACGGGAAAGGGGAGCCGAUGGAGGUGGAGGUUAAGGCCAUUUUCGACGGGCAUGAUUUUGCUCCAAGUUGUAAGUCGAGUGCGGGUGGCGAGUUGUUUGUGGUGUUCGAUCGCACGUGCUUCUAUGCGGAAUCGGGCGGUCAAGUUGGCGACAAGGGUUAUGCAACGGGAGAUGGUAUUGAUCUGGUGGUGGAAGACACUCGUAAGGUGGGUGGUUAUGUGUUGCAUUUGGGUCGGUUGAAUGACGGGGAGUUGAAGGUGGGUGACAAGUUAACUUUGGUGAAUGAUUUUGAGCGUCGUGGUGAGAUUGCAAAGAACCAUACUGGUACACAUGUGUUGAACUGCGCAUUACGUUCUAUUCUGGGCGAGGAUUGUAAUCAAGCGGGUUCCAUUGUGGAGCCAAAGAAAUUACGAUUUGAUUUUACUUCACAGAAGGCUCUGACGCAAGAACAAAUUUCUGAAUUGGAAGGUACGGUGAGGCGCAUAAUCCACGACGAGCACGAUGUUGACGUUGCUGAAGUCCCGUUGGUGCAGGCACAGGGUAUACGAGGUGUGCGAUGCAUGUUCGGUGAGAAUUAUCCAGACCCUGUACGCGUGGUAUCAGUUGGGGCCAAAAUUCCGGAUUUAGUGAGCGGUGCGGCAAGUGGUGAGGGUGAUGUGACGGUGGAAUUCUGUGGUGGUACACAUUUGAAUAAUUCGCGUGCAAUUGAGGAGUUUGUAGUCAUCAGCGAAGAGUCCAUUGCCCGCGGGAUCCGAAGAGUUGUUGCCGUCACGGGUCCGACGGCGCAUUCGGCUGUGGCUGAUGGCGCAGACCUGAGUACUCGUGUCCAUGCAUUGGUUAGUAAAGGCGCGGAACACGCCAGCCGGAACGAUAUAAGUGCUAUGAAGGAUUAUGUGAACAGCCGUCGUGAAAAUGUCGGUCUGCUCGUCCGCAAAGAGUGUGUGGAUUUGCUGGACAAACUCACACAAGAAAAAGCCAAACUGACUAAAAUCCUUGCUAAGCAACGCAAAGAACUAGCCGUGCUCAAAGCCGACGAAUGUGUACAAAUGCUCAUAGCCGGUCAAUACCGCUGGAGCGUUAUCGUCGAAGACAGCCUUGGUGGUGACGUUAAAGCCAUGGAAGAAUUCACUAAUAGGUUCCAAGAUACUCUCGCCGUCCCUCUCAUCUUACUCUCCACUGAACCCGAAACGCAAACACCCGCCGUCAUGGCCACCGUCCCUAAGAGCAACCCACUAAAUGCCGCUGAGUGGCUCCAAAAAGCCGCAGACGGCAUGACGUGUAAGUCCGGCGGCAAACCUGCCACUGCCAGAGGCACCAUCUCCGCAGGCUACGACCAAACCAAGUGGACCAGACAGGCCUUCGAUUACGCUUCCAACAACACACAAGCAGCCAAACACACAGAUACACAAUAG